AUUAUUAAUAUUAAACUUGAAACUAUGGCAGAAAAAUGAAAAAUCAAUACGUUUCGGACAAUCUAAUGUAGGUCUAACGUCUAGGAAGUAGGGACGGAUCUACGGUGGGAGCAGAGGUAUAUGUCCCUAUAUUUUACUUAGAUUUAAUACAGUACUACAUAUUAUUGAGAACCUUAACAAAGACCUAAAAUAUUCAUAAAUUAUAAUUGAACAUCACAAAGAGAGCAUACCUCACUAUUCAAAGUAGCUUUCGAAUUCCUAUUUGAUUCUUUUCUUGCCAAUCUAAACAUAACUGGUAAGUCAGCUUCCACGGGCUUAAAAACUUGGAUGAAAGAUGCAAUAUUUAACUAACUCUACCUCUGUGUCAGCUUCAGCUUGGCCUUGAGUUCUCGUUUCUUUCAAGUUUUAACAAUCCCAAUACCGAACACUACCAUUCUCCUCAGCCUCUUAAUAAAACCAUAAACAGAAACACAGAGAUCUCUCUUCCCACUUGAACUCACGAGUCAAGCAACAAAAUUCCUUUGCCCCAAUUCUUACUCCACCUCUGACCUCUCUCUCUCUCUCCCCCUCCCUCCUCUUUCUUUCCUUUUAUUGCAAAAUCCCCAAAUUUCUCUGUUCUGGGUCUGCUCUCAAUUGCUUUCAAGGCAUCACUAACCUCUCUUUCCCUCCACUCAUCUCUCCCACUACUUAUUAAUACACUUCGAAACCUUCCAAAUUUCAACAACUGAAACGAAACCCUCAGCCCAGCCAUGGAAAUCAAAGCAGCCAGCGAAGAAACCCACUCUCAAGACGACCCAAGACGCCCCCUUUUGCGAGAAACAACAACCAUUCCUUCGAGAGACGAAAAAACCCUCAUACAAAAAGCCAUUUCCCAGACCUUUCAGAGCACCGCCCACUUGGCCAAUCUUCUUCCCACCGGAACCGUCCUCGCGUUUCAGCUUCUUUCCCCAAUUUUCACCAAUCAGGGCAACUGCGACCUCGUCUGCCGCUACCUCGCCGCCGCCCUCGUUGCCGUCUGUGGCCUCUCCUGUUUUCUUCAGAGUUUCACUGAUAGUUUCAGAGACGCCCAGGGGAAUGUCUGUUACGGAUUCGCCACUUUCACCGGCCUCUGGGUUAUCGACGGCUCCGUGGAGCUGCCGCCGGAGGCGGCGACCAAGUUCCGGCUGAGAUUUAUUGACUUCUUGCACGCUUUACUGUCCAUUCUGGUCUUCUCUGCCGUUGCUCUGUUUGAUGAGAAUGUGGUGAGCUGCUUCUCCCCGGCGCCGUCCGACGAGGUGGCGGAGAUUCUGACGGCUUUGCCGGUUGGGAUUGGCGUGAUUUGUAGCAUGUUGUUUGUUAUUUUUCCAACCAGACGCCAUGGAAUUGGUUUCCCUCUCUCCGCAAAUUAGCGGCUCCGGUGUGAUUCGCCGGAAUUUCCCUUCGCUGGCACUGACUUGGAGUUGGAAAUGUUUCGUCUAAUUCUCCUGAUUUCUUGUCCUUUCGACAUUUGUUCGCUCCUUCAUCGAUUCAGAUAUACGAUUUUUUUUUUCAUUUUUAAUACAAGAAACGAACAGAUCAACCAUUC